CAGCCGCCACCCCACUCCCUCUCCACUCUCCUUCUCCAACUGCCUCCAUCAGAAGAAUCGUCGGAUGUCGGGGUCGCCGAAAGAAGCCGCCACGACCGUUGUUGUUUUGGGGAGAACCAUUGCUAUGAUCGCUGUUGCUGCCACUACCUUGUGUCGCUGUUGCUUCGUUACCGUCAGGCGGUGAACCGCCAUAUCCUCAUUUUUCUUCUCCUUUCUGCGACCGCAAACUUUAGGACUCGUCACACAGCAGCAGCCGCCGCCUACUGCCGGAUGCUUGCGUGAAGGUUGCUGUUGUUCGUUGAAUGCCAUCGGGAGGGUGGUACUGGCUGUUAUUCGUGACCUACGACAUGUAAGCAUAUGAAUAGUGGGAUCUCUGUCGAACAUGGAUCAUGGAGAACCACCAUGGCGACCGGCCAUGGUGGUUGUCAUCGAUAACCGAUGUUGCUGCUCUUUUUCCUUGCUGCAAUUGUCGCCAACCUUGCUGCCGCCGCCACCGUGAGCCUCCAGUUCGGGAAUUUAUCAACCAGCAGCUGGAGUGUAUCUGCGGGACUUCAACAGUCCCAGGUACUUCAGAGGAUCGUGGCAACACAAAGGCGUUAUCAUACAGCUCCUCACUUUUUAUGACUUUGUUUUUAGGAUACUCUGAUAUGAUACAUUUUGAAAACAAGUUUGUAAUAGUUAAUGGAUUUGAAAUGUUUUUAAAAGUUUAAAUUGGCUUGAAUUUCUCGGGUGUUACACCGGGGGCUAUUCAUGGGAGGUCUUCAGGAAAUACGUCUUGAAAGUUACACACCUUCGGUAUAUCCGUGAGGUUCUUUUCCUCUUUCUGUUUGAACACUACAUGGGCUAGAAAGGCGUGAUUCUUUUUAUGCAGGCACUUUUGUGCCUUGAUGCAUGAGAUAAGAUGGAGAUUCGUACCAAGUUUAUCUCCGUAUAUAAUUAGUGUUUCGUUGGUGGGUAGGUGAAGGCAAACAGUGUAAUGCUUGUGUUUUUAGGCUAAGCAUUAAUGUGAUGAUGUAAUAGUUAGGGUCAACAAUUAUAACCUAUUUGACGUAAU